UAAAUCGCACAUUGAACAAACACUGAAGUAGCCUAGCAAACACUGACAGGGCUAGUAUCUGCACGGCCGAGAAGGGCGUGCGGGGCCGGCCCGGCGGAUCCUCCGCGCCAUCGCCGGCCCCUGCCCGGGAGCUCUCUCUCCCCCGCGCUCGGGCUCCCCGUGUUUGUCUUCCGUAGCCAGCCGCGGACGUCGAUCCUCAACUUUUUCACUUUUCGAGCCAUCUUGUUCCUACGAGGUCUGCGUCCCUGGGCCAUACCGUCCGCACGGGCCCGGGCAGCUGAGGAAUCGCAGCGGCGCGGUCGUGUAUGGAGCUCUGGGCGGGGGCUGAGCCCUCGGUGUUGCCCCCCGCCCGCAGCCCGGGCCAUGCCCCCGCCUGCGCGCGCCGAGCCGCGGCCGCCGGGCCUGCGGGGCUGAGCCGGGGGCCGCGCGAGGAGGAGGCGCCGGCGGCGGAGCCCGGGCCGGAGCCGCGGCGGCCCCAGUACUAUGGCUGUGUACUGCUAUGCACUCAACAGCCUGGUGAUCAUGAAUAGCGCCGACCAGGUGAAGAGCGGCGGCCCCGGGCCCAGCAGCAGCGAGACGCCCCCGCCGCCGGGCAGGGCGGCGCUGAGCCCCGGCAGCGUCUUCAGCCCCGGGAGAGGCGCCUCCUUCCUCUUCCCCCCAGCCGAGCCGCUGUCGCCCGAGGAGCCCGGGAGCCCCGGGGGCUGGCGGGGCGGCCGGCGCAGGCUGAGCGGCGGCGGCGGCGGCGGCGGCGUGGGCAGCCCGAGUUGGGCGGGCCGCCCCAGAGGGGACGGGCGGCAGGUGGUGAGCGCCGGCUCCCUCUCCCCUCCCGGGCCGGAGGAGGCCAAGAGGAAGCCGCGAAUCCUGCAGCGCGAGUUGCAGAACGUGCAGGUGAACCAGAAAGUGGGCCUGUUCGAGGCGCACAUCCAGGCGCAGAGCUCCGCCGGUCAAGCGCCCCGCAGCCCGCGUUUGGGCAGGGCUCGCUCGCCCUCGCCGUGCCCCUUCCGCAGCAGCAGCCAGCCCCCGGGAAGGGUGCCGGCUCAGAGCGAGGAACGGAGGACAAAGUCGUUGGGGGAGCAAUGUCCAGAGACGGCGGAGGCCGGCUCCGGCCGGAGAGGAAGGGCGCCGGGCCAGUGCCUCUCCGAGGGCGAGGAGGGGGUGGCGCCCUUCCCCGGCCCGGCCGUCCCCCCAGGAUCAGGGGCUCAGGGCCCAGCGGCUUCUGCGGUGGAGAAGGGGAUCCCUGCCAGACCCCACUGUGGCUCACCCAGAGCUAUGCAAACUGACCAAAGGGUCUCUCCGCCUUUGGGAGCGCGCAGCGGCCAAGUUCCCCCCGCGGGGCUGAUCCGCGUGAACGUGGUGACGUCCACAGAAGUGGCAGCGAGAACCACAUCCAGUGGGCCCCACCAGCCACACGACCCUGGCCUCACUGAGCCGGCUGAGAGGCCCCGCGAGCUUGGGGGUGUGCGCCCCCGGGGGUCUCUGGCCCAAUGUCUCGGGCAGCCUCUGAGCGGAGAGAAGAGCCCAGCCCCAGAGAGGGGUGGGCCCUGCAGCCCAGAGCCCCCUGGGAAGGUGGAGGACGGAGAUCCGCCCGGUGGCGGCGUGCGGGGCUCCGGGGCGCCUGAACCCCGAAGGCCGGAGGACAGGACUGUGAACGCGCAAAGCUCGGAGCUUUCUGAAUCCCCGAGCCGGGUCAAGCCAUCUCCAGACCUGGGUUCAGUAGGCCCUGCGGCGACCCAGGGUGGGGCCCCGGUGGUCGGGGAGCCUCGGCGGCGCUCCAGCGGAGUGGAUGAAGGGUCUCUGACGCCCGGCCUGCUUGGGGGCAGCCGCUCAGCCCAGCCAGCGACCCGGGAGGAGGAGGCAGGAAUUCCCUGUGGCGCGAUGCUGGAGCCUUUGCCCUGCUGGACAUCCGCGAAAGAUCUGAAGAAACCUCAGUGCCUUCCUGGAGACAGGGUGGGUGUGCAGCCUGGGAGCUCCAGGGCUUGGCUGGGCCCCAUGGAGGAAGCCCGGGCCUGGACGUGUGGCACAGGAAUACAGCCACAGGGGACUUGGGGAAGCCAGCCGCCUGAUGGAGAUGCCCAUCCCAGCCCAGAGCUGCUGUCCCCGGAUCCGAAGGACAAGCCCUCCCCGAGAGAGGCCCGCAGCCCCAGCAAUAUACCUGCCGUCAUCAUUACCGACAUGGGUGCCCAGGAGGACCAGACCGUGGAGGAGGUGCAGGGAAGUCCCCGGGGCACCUUGCCCCUGAGGAAACUGUCCUCUUCGUCUGCCUCCUCCACUGGCUUCUCCUCUUCCUAUGAGGACUCGGAGGAGGACAUCUCCAGUGACCCUGAGCGCUGCCUGGACCCCCAACUCCGCCUUCCUGCAUACCUGGACCAGCAGAAGCCCAGAGUGAGCAAAUCAUGGCGGAAAAUAAAAAACAUGGUGCACUGGUCUCCCUUCGUCAUGUCCUUCAAGAAGAAAUACCCCUGGAUCCAGCUGGCAGGACACGCAGGGAGUUUCAAGGCGGCUGCCAACGGCAGGAUCUUGAAGAAGCACUGUGAGUCGGAGCAGCGCUGCCUCGACCGGCUGAUGGCCGAUGUGCUGAAGCCCUUUGUCCCCGCCUACCACGGCGACGUGGUGAAAGACGGCGAGCGCUACAACCAGAUGGACGACCUACUGGCCGCCUUCGACUCGCCCUGCGUGAUGGACUGCAAAAUGGGCGUCAGGACCUACCUGGAGGAGGAGCUCACCAAGGCCCGGAAGAAGCCCAGCCUCCGGAAGGACAUGUACCAGAAGAUGAUCGAGGUGGACCCCGAGGCCCCGACUGAGGAGGAGAAAGCCCAGCGGGCUGUGACCAAGCCUCGGUACAUGCAAUGGAGGGAGACCAUCAGUUCCACCGCCACCCUCGGCUUUAGGAUCGAGGGCAUCAAGAAAGAAGACGGCUCCGUGAACCGAGACUUCAAGAAGACCAAAACGAGGGAGCAGGUCACCGAGGCCUUCAGAGAGUUCACUAAAGGAAACCACAACAUCCUGAUCGCCUACCGGGACCGGCUGAAGGACAUUCGGGCCACCCUGGAAGUUUCUCCCUUCUUCAAAUGCCACGAGGUCAUCGGCAGCUCUCUUCUCUUCAUCCACGACCAGAAGGAGCAGGCCAAGGUGUGGAUGAUCGACUUUGGGAAAACCACGCCCCUGCCCGAGGGCCAGACCCUGCAGCACAACGUCCCCUGGCAGGAGGGGAACCGGGAGGACGGCUACCUCUCGGGCCUGAACAACCUCAUCGACAUCCUGACGGAGAUGUGCCAGGCCGCCCCGCUGGCCUGAGAGACGGCCCGCCUCGCCGCCCCCCCUCCUCCCUGCCGCCCCCUUCUUUUCUCCUUCUGAAUUUCCCCUUGGUGCCGCCCCAGAGCCGACCCUCCCAAACUGCACUAUGAGACACUUUGUAAGAGACCAGGUGGAGAUCGGAGAGGAGGGAGAGGAGAGGAGAGCUUGCCGGGCUCCCACUUCUCUUUAUAAACAGGAUCUGCUGGCAGAAGAGGAGUGGGGGGGAGGGGCGGGGAGCCAGGCUCAGGUGGCAGGGAGGUCCCCAACGCAGGAGCCGGCCCCAGCCUUCCAGUGGGGGCCUGCUGCCCCCUGGUGGCCGCCACCGAGCUCAGCCUGUCUUGGCCCCAUCCUUCCGGCCUGGAGCAUCUCCGGGUUGGGGCACAAAGCCACUGGCAAGUUCACGUUGGCCACGAGUAAAGCAUUCUCCGCCUAGCGGCCCAGGGGCUCCCACAGACGUGUGGUGGCCUGCUAAAGCAGGGACCCCACCCAGCUGGCAGUGAGACCCUCCAUCUGGGGGCCGGACCCAGGAGCCAGGAGAAUGCUGGAGUCCACUGGCUGUGCUCUCUGACCUCGACCUUCCCGGGAGGGGGCAGGCGGGAGCCCCCCUCUUCCAUCUGAUUAUCACCCAGGAAUUCAGAGGGACGCUCUGCAAACCUGACCUUGGGGGAGGCCCCGCCCCCACCCCCACCCCCAGAACCACCUGUGCCUCCGGCUGCCAACCUGGUUGGGACCAGGUCCGCGGCCCUGGGUGGGGCGGCCCGGGGCACAGCCGGCCCCCGGAGGAAGAUCGGUUGUCUCACGUCCCUUCACCCCCACCCCCCACAUCCCUGGGCUUGUUUCACGAGGUCAAGUCCCCAGCACGUUCGGGGGGCAGCGCUGGGCAGGGAUGAAGCAGAUUUCUGGCCUUCCUGGCUUCAUUUUUCUCCCCGGAAGUAACUCUUCCCGCCCAAAGGGCUUGGACCCACAUUCCCCGGAUGCGGUGUGGGCAGCUCCCAGGGCGGGUGGUGGGUGCCGGGUGUGUGUGAGGAGGGGUGCUCCCGGCAGGGGGAAGAGUCCUGGGGCCUCUAAGUUGCUCGAAGAUGACGGGGGAACCAAGUAGGCCGUGUUCUCAUUUUAAAGCAAGGCAAGUCUAUAUUAUGGGGAAGAAUGUGAAACCAGCAUGACUUUUUAAGAACAAACCUCUCAGCUCCGUGGCCCUUUGGGGCUGUUAGAGGCGCACGGGUGCCCAGAGCCGAGCUCUGACGGGGUAGCGAUCCGCAGACAGCCGGGUCGGGGCCAUGGUGGAGGUCCGUGUACCCCGGAGCGUGAGCCCAGAGGGGCCGAUCCAAGAGGCAGGGUUUCCGGGGCUCCCCCCUCCCUUCCCCCCCAUCGCCCCGGGGACUCUGGGAGACCUCCAACCCCAGCACGUGACCCCAUCAUUUCCCCUUUCGUGCUGGGUGAGUGACAGUCGGUGGGGGCGGAGGGUGGGACGCAUGAGGCUAUCUGAGUACAGAUUUUAGAAAAGGAAAUCAGUCUGAAACUUCCUGGCUCUGGUUCAAAACAGUGGGGAGCUUGUGUGGGGGGCUCUCGCCAAAGGUCACACCCCGUCCCGGCCGAGCGCGAGAGACCUCGUGACAGCAUGUGACCCUGUAAAGGCGGGAGCACCAAAGCCAGCGCUGGGUGGCUCAGGAGGGACCGGGGCAUCGGCAGUCCGCGGGGAGGGGACGUUGCUCAGUCGGACGUCCCGAUUCCACCGCCGUGGGUGGACCACAGGUCACCCUCACUCCAUCGAUGAAGGAAAUUUGCUAAAGCAAAUGAACGCUCUGAACAAAAAAAGUGCAGGGGACCAGCUUGAUCUCCUAAGAUAACACAUUUUCCAAGCACUUUAAACAGGCACCCGUUGUCUGCAGACAGCGUGCUAAAAAAAAAAGGCAAAGCGACAUGUUUAUUAGAGGAGGUCCGUGGGGCCUCUUCCUGGCGACCGGUUGCUUGGGGUGACAUUCUGUCCGCGAAGGUGGUAUAAAGUGUCAUUUUGUUCUUAGGGGUUGGGGGGGGUUGUAUUUACUCGCUAGCUCUCCUCUCCCGCACCUGCUCUCGCAACCUUCCCUCCCCUCUUCCCUGUCCCCUCCCCCCCAUCCUGGAGGGCUAGGUGGAUCCCGAACCAGAACCCUUCCGAGGGACUCCUCGGGCUGCAGGUGCCGGGACGGCGGGACAAGCCACGUCCUUUCCCGCCCUGUCCUUGCCGGGCCCCCCUGGUGGGGGGGGGGGGUUCCUCGGUGGUCAGCGUGCUUAGCGUUCAAGGAAAGUUUCUCAACUGCUUGCCCGAAGACUUGCCUUUAGCGCCAUGUAAGAAGUUUUUAAGUUAUAUUUAUUUUUUCUGGUUUUUUAAUUGCACAAAACACUAAGACUGGGAGGCUGGGGAUUCUGUGUGUCCUUAAAAGCUGUGCCUUCUUUCUGAAUUCCCUUUCCCACUUGGCAGAAAGAGCCUGGACACAGCCCUGCCCCCCCUCCCCGCCCCCCCUGCCCCCCCACCCCACGGACUCUUGCCUCUGUGAGCUGUAUCUAGCUUUGAGUUUCUCCUGCAUCCCGUCCACCCCCGUGUGUAUACAACCCAAGCCCCUGGCUCGGGAAGAGGCCCUCUGCUGUUGCCUUUCCUCCAGAGGACAGGACCCCCCCCCCCCCAGAGGGCUCCCCCUCUCUCUUGCACCCCUUUUGCUGCGACACCUUGGAGGAAACUGAACUGUUACAGACACACCCCCCCCCCCCCCCCCCCCGCACAGUGCCUGUCGAACAGACUGCAAUGCUCUGUACCUUCCCGAAUAAAGGCCCUGGAGACCAC